UGGUAAACGCUAGUACACUGAGUGUGGUUGCGCGGAAAAUUUGGAUGUCGCUAAGUGUUUCGAAACUAUUGUGCAGCGUUAUUUAUUGAAUAUACUUCGUGGUGAUACCAAACGUUUACGGCAAUGAGAUAGACACGAUACACAGAAUUUUUCUAAAUACUCUGAGAUGACCAAAAACGGUUGCGCUUGCGAAAAUGGAUAAAAGUGAGAGGAAAGAAGUGAAUAAUCCGCGCCAAAAUGCCAAUCCAUUGUCCAUUCUUACAUUUUGGUGGAUCCUCAAGCUGUUCGUUAUCGGUUAUAAGAAAGAAUUGGAGGAGGAUGAUUUGUAUUCGCCAUUGCGGGAAGACAAGAGCAGCUAUUUGGGUCAGCGUAUCGUAAAAAGUUGGGAGCGCGAGGUGAAAAUAUGUGAGAAGAAAAAAGACAAUUCGAAGCCAAGUUUAUUUAGGGUACUGUUCAAAUGCUUCGGUAAAAUACUCAUUAACGGUGGACUAGGGCUAUUUGUUCUAGAAUUUGGCAUACGGAUCGUGCAGCCGUUUCUACUCGCCAGGUUAUUACGUUAUUUCUCAGGGAACAGACAAGACUGGAGUACUGGUAUACAUUAUUAUGCCGCGGCUUUUUGUAUCGUGCCUUUACUAGAUGCUGUGAUUAUUCAUUGGGCCAUACAAACAUUUACACACGUAGGAAUGAAAGUUAGAGUGGCUUGUUGUACUUUAAUUUACAGGAAGAUACUUAGAUUGUCUAAUUCUGUUCUUGAAAAUGAAACAUCUGUCGGACAGAUGGUCAAUUUCUUAAGCAACGACGUCAAUAGGCUCGAUUACUUUGUCAUUGGUAUUCAUUACUUGUGGAUUGGUCCACUUCAAGUUUUUGUAAUAGCGUAUCUUACAUUUCGUGAAAUUGGAUUGGGAGCGAUCACAGGAAUGAUAGCGUUUUUAUUAUGUAUACCAUUGCAGAUAUUUCUUGGAAGAAAAGUGUCGCGUUUGACUUCCGUGUCGGCUAAAAAAACUGACAAUAGGUUAAGAUUGAUGAAUCAAAUCAUUAAUGGAGUAGAAGUAAUUAAAAUGUAUGUUUGGGAAGUACCAUACUCGCUUCUUGUCGAGAAAGCUAGACGGAAAGAAGUUGACGUGAUAAAGAAGUAUUCGAUCGUGGAGCAAAUUGGUUUAACGCUUGAUAUGUACUUUCCUCGAGUCGGUUUAUUUAUUGCCAUAUUAACUUAUGUUUUAACUGGGAAUAACGUGGAUGCUGAAAAAGUUUUUAUGACUACAGCAUUUUACACUAUUCUACGAGAUUCUAUGACUACCGGUUUUGCUAUAAGUGUUCAUCAAUUAGCAGAAGCAGUGGUGUCUAUCAGACGACUCGAGAAAUUCAUGACGUAUCCUGAAAUCUCUGUGCCACAGAAAGUUCAGAAUCAAGUAGCUACACAAUCCGUUCCUAUUUACUUAAAAAAUGUCACUGCCAGAUGGGAUAACUCUCGAGACAAUGACACAUUGCAAAACAUCCACCUAACAGUACAAGCUGGUAGCUUCAUAGCAGUGAUCGGACAGAUAGGCUCAGGAAAGAGCAGUUUGUUGCAGGUAAUACUUCGUGAAUUAUCAUUGACAGAAGGAGUGCUAGAAACUAGCGGGAAAAUAAGUUUCGCCGAUCAACGACCAUGGAUCUUCGCUUCCUCUAUCAGACAGAAUAUUCUCUUUGGGCAGUCGAUGAAUGAAACUCGUUACAACGAAGUGAUUCGUGUGUGUCAAUUGACACGCGAUAUAGAUCUAUUUACGCAUAAAGAUAGAACCAUGGCCGGGGAAAGGGGAAUCAAUUUAAGUGGCGGUCAACGAGCUCGAAUUAAUCUAGCGCGAGCAUUAUACACUGACGCCGAUAUUUAUCUUCUGGACGAUCCUUUAUCGGCGGUCGAUACGCAUGUCGGUAGUCGCAUUGUGGAUGAAUGUAUAUGUGGUUUUCUCAAAGGCAAAACUAUAAUCCUAGUCACUCACCAAAUACAGUACUUGAAAGCCGCUGAUCAGAUAAUCGUAAUGAACAAUGGUAGCAUUCAAGCGAAAGGGAGCUUCGAGGAGUUGCAAAGUAUGAAUUUAGAUUCCAUGAAGGUCUUCGAAGAGAUCGAGGAUAAAGAAGAAUUUGGCGAAGCUGAAACCAAGGUGGAGAAGAAACGAACGAUGGGGGAAACGAAAAAAGAAGAAGACACAGUAGCGGAACAAGAACCUGUCGAGGUGGCGGAAACCAGGUCGAAGGGAAAAAUGUCUAGCAACGUUUUCUUUUCCUACUGGAAAGCAAGCAGAAAUAUAUUUCUGUUUCUUCUGAUGACGAUUAUGUUUAUAUCGAGCCAAUCGAUAGCCAGUGGCAGCGACUAUCUGGUCGCUUUUUGGGUAAACACAGAGAUGGCAUCGUGGGUUAGAAGCGAUAAUGGCACGAUGGAUUUUCAAUGGUCCGGACCACUGUCUCGCAAUGGAAUUAUUUAUAUUUAUAGCGGUCUAACUAUGGGCAUCGCUUGUAUCUACGUCGUACAGACGUUUACAUAUUAUGCAGUUUGCAUGCGUGCCUCGAAAAAUCUACACGCACAGAUGUUCCGUAGUAUCGUACGUGCAGUGAUGUACUUUUAUAACACGAAUCCCGCUGGUCGAAUAUUAAACAGGUUUUCUAAAGACAUUGGUAUUAUCGACAAGAAAAUGCCUUUUACCAUGUUCGACGUUAUCAUAAUGUUUCUAAAUUUUAUGGGGACCAUAGUGAUUCUUGGUACAGUAAGCGUGUGGUUGUUGAUACCAACUUGCGUUAUUAUAGUUAUUUUUUACUAUAUGCGAGUCGUAUAUAUUUCAACUAGUCGCGCUGUUAAACGAAUGGAGGGUACAACUCGUUCACCAGUGUUCGAUCAUGUGGGUGCCACUUUGCAAGGCUUAACGACAAUCAGAGCAUUCAAAGCUGAAAAGAUAGUAACCACGGAGUUUGACAAUCAUCAGGAUCUCCACACUUCAACGUGGUUCAUAUUCAUCUCUCUUUCACGAGCUUUCGGUCUUUACAUCGAGACAUUUUGUUUGAUUUACAUAGCGGUGAUCACCAUCAUGUUUUUCGUAUUCGACGAUCUCGCUAUUGCCGGGGAUAUCGGUUUAGUAAUCACGCAGGUUAGCGCAGUCGUUGGAAUUUUACAAUGGGGUAUAAGACAAACCGGUGAACUGGAGAAUCAAAUGACUUCUGUCGAAAGAGUGUUGGAGUACAGUAAGCUGGAAGAAGAGCCAUUUUUGGAUAGUAUACCGGAAAAGAAACCGCCAAAAGAAUGGCCCACGAAAGGUCUGGUCGAAUUCAGAGACGUGAAAUUAAAAUACGGCCCUAAAAGUACUUAUGUUUUAAAUGGUAUCAAUUUCGUGAUCAAACCUAAAGAAAAAGUGGGAGUUGUUGGAAGAACCGGUGCUGGCAAAACAUCCUUAAUCAGCGCUCUUUUUCGGUUAGCAUACGUAGAGGGAGAAAUAAUUAUAGAUGGUAUACCUACGAAUGAAAUUGCAUUGCAUGACUUUCGUUCGAAAAUCAGUAUUAUACCUCAGGAACCAGUUCUAUUCGGAGGUAGUCUUCGACGAAAUCUAGAUCCUUUCGAUGAAUAUUCUGAUAACGUUUUAUGGGAGGCUUUAGAGGAAGUAGAAAUAAGAGAAACGAUCUCAGAGAUGGCGGCAGGUUUGAACAGUAAAGUAUCGGAAGAGGGUUCGAAUUUCAGCGUUGGACAACGUCAAUUAUUAUGCCUUGUUCGAGCACUCGUUCGAAAUAAUAAAAUUAUGGUUCUCGAUGAAGCUACUGCUAACGUUGAUCCACAGACUGAUUCCCUGAUUCAACAGACGGUCAGAAAGAAAUUUGUGGAUUGCACUGUCAUUACUAUAGCGCACAGAUUAAAUACCAUAAUGGAUAGCGAUAAGAUACUUGUGAUGGAUCAGGGUUGUCUAGUAGAAUAUGAUCAUCCGUAUGUUUUACUGCAAAAGAAAGGAUAUUUUUACAAUAUGGUGCAACAAACAGGUGCUGCAAUGGCGAACAAUCUGUCAGAAGUGGCAAAGAACUGUUUUUAUAAGAACAACGAAGCGUCAUCCUGAUGAUGGCCCGACUUUAGUAACUUUCGAAUGAUAUAGUACAUAUUUAAGCGAAAUUUUUUCGUACGUCCAACUUAUAUUUUUGAACCAAAGUAAUAGUUUUUGCUAAGUGUGACGAUGCAAAUUUUGAAAGUACGGUGCUUACGCAGGUAUCAUAUACCAACUAUUUAGCCAAUUACAGUUUGACGAUCUUUUGUAACAAAAGUAUAAUAUCAAUAAAAUUUUGCAACAAUAA